ACACAAAACUGAAACUAGUUGAGACAGAAACAUUAAACAAACACGUAGAAUUACGCUGACUGAAACAGUCUGGACGACAUGUCAUCUAUUUUAAGUUUUUUUGUUCUUAAAUGUUUACCCCCAGGACUUUAAGGACUCAUUAUGAAUUUAUUUUUGUGUUUUGACAAGAAUGAAGUUGGUUCUGCUGGUCYUGUUAGUUUUGUUUCCCGCCUCAACAAGAAUCCACGAGACGGAGACAGUUUGUCCCUCUGGGACGAUGGAGGCGACGUACAGCGAGGACAUCGUCCUGCAGUGUGUCCUGGAGCCACCGCUGGACGCUACGGACCUAAGAGUGGAGUGGAGACGUGGAGCUGAUGUCGUCCAUCUUUAUCAGGGAGGAAGAGAUGAUCCUGCAGGGCAGAGAGAGCAGUUUAAAGGAUGGACGUCUCUGUUUCCUGAGGAGCUGACCAAAGGGAACUUGUCUCUGAGACUGUCCUCAUUGACACUCUCAGAUUCUGGGACAUAUCUGUGCUGCUUUAAGUCACUGGAUAAAAGCUGCUCAGUUAACGUCAGAGUUGGUGAGUCUGAGGUGAUCGGUUCACAUGAACCAAUCACAGCGCUGGAGGGGCAGGAAGUCAUCCUGCCUUGUCACCUGGCGCCUCCAUUUGACCUGACGACACUAACGAUAGAGUGGAGGUGUCAGACCGGCAUGGUGCACCUGUACAGGAGCCUGAAGGACAACCCGGACCUCCAGGAGGCCAGGUUCAGGGGCCGAACAUCUCUGUUUCAUGAUGAGAUGGUUCAUGGGAACAUCUCCCUCAGACUCACCAACCUGACUGAGGAYGAUUCAGGAAACUACACCUGUUAUGUUCCUAAACUCCACAGUCAGGUCAGGAGGGGGAAGGUGCUCCUGAAUGUUGUCAACAGAAGUCUGGAAACUGUUCAACGGGACUCUGAAGAACCAACAGAGGAUAAAGAGGAGGGAAACAAGCUGGGUCUCCUUCUGGGUGUUGGAGCACUUAUUGUUGUUGUUGUUGUCGRCAUCAUUGCUUUAAUUGUUUACUUCUUGAAGAACCGUAGAGAACCAGGACCAGGAGCAGGACCAGGGGGAAACGAGGCUGAGGCUGAGGCU